AUGAUGAAUGCCAGGGGAUUGUUGAAACACCACAAAAGACGUUUCUCCUCAGAUGCGGGAGCUUUAGCAGGGUUGAUGAGGAAAAGUUCAGCUUCUUUCACCCGAAGGUAUGCACUUUCGGAGGGACGUGCAAACCAGGAACCUAUUGUCCAAGGGGAGCGACGACGCCGGUGCAAUGCCCAGAAGGGUCGUACUGCGCACAUCAUGGCCUCACAAAUGUCUCUGGACAGUGCACAGCAGGAUACAACUGCCCAGCGGGCUCUUCAAGCCCUCAUGAUGUCUCGGCACUGUGCCAACCAGGGCAUUACUGCCCAGGAAAUGGAGCUACUGCCACACCCUGUAGUGCGGGAAAAGUGCUGGGCGGCUUGGGUGGCACGGAGGAAGCGGAGUGCUCUCCAUGUCCAGCUGGACAUUAUUGCGACCAGGGAGGCAUUGCAUCUCCAUCUGGUGCCUGUCCAGCAGGCUUUUUUCAUGACAAAAUAUGUGACGCAUUCACACCUAUGCAACAAGCGUGUGUCGGAAAGGGUGCUGCCAUCUAUUUUAAAAUUCAUUUUGUUUUCCUUCAAACUGGCGCUGCCGUCACGUGUGACAUUUCUCGUCGCAGGGAAGUACUGCCCAGCAGGCACGGAGAGCCUGAGCCGUGCCACAGAAUGUGAUGCCGGCCACAUGUGCCCUGAAGGUAGCGCAGCGCCUGUUCCGUGUCCCCGUGGAACAAAACAGCCCGAAACAGGGAAAGCAUCAUGCAUUAGCUGCAGUGCCGGGGAGAUUUGUAGUGAAGGCAGUACGGCAGGGCAAACAUGCCAAGUGGGGUUUACAUGCCCCGAGGGGACAUCCGUCAACACGUCAUUCCCUUGUCCUCCUGGGACCUUUUCAGAUCAACCUGGUAGUUGUACAUCGUGCCCGAAAGGUUUUUAUUGCGAUGAACCAGCAAGAACUGCCGCUAGUGGACAGUGCAAGGCUGGAUAUUACUGCCCUGCCGGCACCAAAUGGAAGGAGCCUACGACCAUUUGCAAGCAUGGAGAAAUGUGUCCUCCUGGGUCAAGCACUCCUCAGGAUUGUCCACCGAAUCAUUUCUGUAACACGCCCAAGCUCGGGGAGCCUUCAGGCCCCUGCAGUGGUGGAUUCGUCUGCACUUCUAGGUCAACUAGUCCCAGGCCGACAGGGGAGCAAAACGGCUCCUCCUGCGAUGAAAAUAUGCAGGGAAGGCCUUGCCUCAAAGGGCACUACUGCCCUCGCCCUGACUCCCCGCUGAUUGCGGGGACAGGCUUUGCCGGCAGUUCAGGAGAUGGGCUUUCCGGCCCAGAGACUCUGCUGAAGCUGCCUGCAAACGCUAUAAUGGACCCAACUACAGGGGAUGUUUACGUUACAGACUACAGCAACUACGCUGUGAAGGUAGUUCACGGAGACAUAGGCACUGUGGAAACUUUAGUCUCCGGAGCAUCUGUCGGUGGAGCGCUCAGCUGGAUCCAAAGUACCAGCCCUGUCGGUCUUGCAUUCUGCCAACGCACUAAGAAGCUGUACAUUUCCUAUCCAGGCAGAAACGCCAUUGUUGAGCAUGAUGUGGGGUUGCGCUCCUCCGCAUUGCUGAGCGAACUUAGUGCUAAACUUUCAAAGCCAUUGGGCCUAGAUAUCGAUGCUGAUUGCACCAGCAUCUAUAUUGCUGACAGUGGGAGCCAUCGUGUUCUGAAGCACGAGCUCGCUGCAAGUCAAUCAAUCGAGACAAUCAUUGGAACUGGCACCGCAGGGAAAAGUGAUCCGGCGGCACCUACCGCUCCUACUUCAUUCCAGAUCAAUUUGCCUUCUGGGGUGGCCCUCCACAAUGGCAUUCUCUACGUUGUGGAUUCUGGAAAUAGGCGGGUGUUAGAGGUGACGUUGGGCACGAAUGCUGUCAAAGUACUUCCUGGAGCCGGUGACAACGCACCCAGUAGCGGCCAAAGCCCUUUGGGAGUCUUCUUUGAGAAGCCCGUCUCAGCAGCUAUAGCUGAACAGGAGAGCGACAUAUUACUUGUCGUUGCUGACGUCGUUGCACGAGCUCUGAGAAAGAUAGACCUAACCGCAAAUACUAUAUCGACACUGAAGGAUUUUUCCGCUUGGCGGUCCCCAGUUGUCGACGAUGCAGAGACUAGCAUUGCCACGGCUGGAUUAGAGGAAGCAUUUUAUGGAAUUAGUAGUUUCUACGGUGCAAAUAAGAAGCGAACAGGGGUGCUCCUGGCUGACAGCUAUACUCACCGAAUACGGCGAAUCGACCUCGAAGGGGAUCUUUAUUCGCGGCCAGCUUUGUCAGAUAUCCCGUGCCCCAAGGGAACAUAUUUACCAUACACUGGGGCCGCUUCAGAAGCCGAGUGCAUAAAGUGCCCUUUUGGGAUGUACUGCAGCACCGCUGGGCUUAUUGAACCGGAAGGGAGAAUAGGUGCCAGAGCAAGGCGUCCUAACACUAGGGAACUGCCGUUGCAGCAUGAAGCCCUUCCUGGCUCGAACCUAACGGGAAGCCGUGCAACCCCCUCCUCGGGAUGGUUCACACGCCGCCCGGGUACUGCGUGCUGCAGUGGGGUGGGCAUGUGCCCACAUCGUGCUGUAGCUAAUCAGGACAAAGAGGAGAUAUUCGUGGUAGACCUGGAGAAGCCGACGGAUUUGCUCGGCAUUCUCGUACAGCUCGAAGGGGACCAAUACCCUGCGACGGAUCCAUUUGGUCUGCUCCCUACACUAGAGCUAGGAGGCGCCGUCUCUCCUAUGGCAACAGAUCAGUACACCGCAUCAUGGAUUAUAACGGCGGGGAAUUGA